UACACUUGAAGUUUUUAAAGCAUUUAUAUACCCAAAUAACUACAACUGACGGCUCUAAAACAGUUUAAUUACCGUAUGAAUAACUUAGAUAGUACAACAAAUGAUUCUGAGUUAACCCUUGUUAAAGCUGUCCAAGAAGGCUUCUUGGAACUCUGCAGACAAAAAAUAGAAAUUGAAGGUUAUGAUGUAAAUCUAUUAGACAGUGAAGGUGUUUCCCUUUUGCAUUGGGCAGCCAUAAACGACAGAAGGGAAGUUGUUAGGUAUUUGCUUCAAAAGGGAGCAAUCUAUGAUAGACAUUGCGGAGAGUUUGAUUCUACAAGCCUACACUGGGCAGUUUACCGUGGUCACCUGCACACGAUUAUUCUUCUUCUUCGCUACGGUUCCGAUCCCUACGAAGAAGAUAAUAGAGGGUGCAAUGCGCUUCAUAUAGCUGCUCAGUUUGGAUAUCCUCUUCUUUGCAUUUAUUUUGUUGAAAAGUGUUACAUGGAAGUAAACACUCGAGAUGCGUUCGGGAUAACACCUUUAAUGUGGGCGGUGACCAGUUUCACAGCAGUUGAUACAGUAAGAGCGCUGUCCGGCCUGGGCGCUGACUUAAAUUUGCAAGACAAUAACGGAUUAACAGCGCUUCACUGGGCAGUUGAUAAAGGGAAAUUAAAAGUUGUUUCGGAAUUGUUGGAGAGAGGCGCGAGAAUAGACAUAAAAGACUGCUCUGGCCUGGAUGCUGAGGCGUUUUCAGAAGGAAAGAAGCAAAAAAAAAUCACUGCAUUUAUAAAAAGAUGGCGCUUCUAUAAAUUUUCUCCGCUUAGCAAAUAUCAAUGGCUACAUCGACUUAUACUAUUUGUACUUCCGGGGGUCGCACUGCUAGCCAAUCUCCUUCUUGUAGCCGCCCUCCCGGCUAUAAAGGCCUUCAUUGGUAUCAUUGCCGUAUGGCUGCUCCUGGCAUUCACUGCGAGAGCUUUCUGGCCGCUGAAUGGCAAGAAGCCCUUCUCGUUCGGGAUUGUGGUUGGAACGUUGACGCUCUUGUUUGUUGUCUUUGGAGUGUGGCUUGUUCCUCUUAACAGCGAGCAUGACUUUCUACUAAUAGCGUUUAUUAUAUCGUUCUACUGCUGCUGCCACUCGCUGUAUCUCUCGUGGAAGUGUGAUCCUGGCUUCAUCCGCGAGGCCGAAGUAAUCAGACUAACUGAGAUCAUUACCCGCGCAGAGGAAGAAAAGAUAGGCGAAGCCCACGUGUGCUACACUUGUUUGCUGCUAAAGCCUACCAGAAGCAAGCACUGCAGCCAAUGCGGGGAGUGCGUGCGCCUAUUUGACCAUCACUGUCCGUUUAUUAACAAUUGCGUGGGCGGGCGAAAUCACAGAUAUUUUAUUGGUUUUCUCAUUUUCCUGCCGCUCGGAAGCUACUUUUACCUUUGCUUAUGCAUAAACUAUCUCAGACACACGUGCAUGAGCGCCGACAGUAAAUCAGUGCUAUCUAUGCAGUGCCUUCACGCGGAAACAGUGGUGUGCUGGGCGGGUCUAACGGCAGCCUUCCACGGGUUUUGGGUUUUUUUUAUGAAUCUCUCGCAACUGUAUCAGAUUACGGUCAAUUUAACGACCAAUGAGCAAGUUCUUCUCCAUGCUCGGUCGGUUAGUUACCUGCAGGACGCCAAUGGAAAAUACACAAACAAAUACGAUCGCGGCUGCUGGCGCAACUUUACUAGUUUUUGGACCAAUCGGCGUCUUAGAGAAAACUAUGGGGAUGACCAAGCCUUGCAAGUCUAGCGGAUGGCGACCAGAUAUAGUUUAUUCCUU